ACGGCGGUUCUCCCUUCUCCUUCCCCUGCCAUGCAAUCUUAUAAACUCCCCUCCCUUCCUCUCCUCUUCGUCUCGCAUCUCCUCCUCCCCUGUUUUUGUUUGAUUCACUCGUCGGCAGAGGAAAGUGCGUGGAGAUGAAGAUGAGCUGCAAUGGCUGCCGAGUGCUGCGCAAGGGGUGUAGCGAUAGCUGCAGCAUCCGCCCCUGCUUGCAGUGGAUCAGGAGCCCCGAGUCGCAGGCCAAUGCCACCGUCUUCCUCGCCAAGUUUUACGGCCGCGCCGGCCUCCUCAACCUCAUCAACGCCGGCCCCGACCACCUCCGCCCUGCGAUCUUUCGGUCUCUGUUGUACGAGGCGUGCGGGCGGAUCGUGAACCCGAUCUACGGCUCCGUCGGGCUGCUCUGGUCCGGCAGCUGGCAAGCCUGCCAGGCGGCGGUGGAUGCGGUGCUGAGGGGGGCGCCCGUGGUUCCCAUCCCCACCGAGACGGCGGCCUCCGCCUCGGCGCCGCCGCUCAAGGGCUACGACAUCCGCCACGUCUCCAAGGACCCCGCCGGCGAGUCACUCCACAAGGUCAACGCGCUCGGCCGCGCCCGAUUCAAGCGCCACGGCGUCCAGCCUGCGCCGGCACAACCCCAGCAACAGCAUCGACCGACCGCUCAGUUCCUGAGCAGCCGGAGCCACGAGUCGACCUCCAGCUGCCGCGCGGCGGAGCCCGAGCCGCCGACUAACGAGAGCAUGUCGUCGGCGGAGACCGCGGAGGCGGGGUCGCACGUGAGCCAAGGCGAACCAGACCGGUCCUCCUCCUCCACCUCCUCCUCAGAGGCCCUGCUGGAGCUCACACUGGGGUUCAAACCUUCCCUCGACAUCCCCCAGUCAACGACGUCUCGACCCCUAGCCGCAAGCUCCGCCGGCUUUGUCCUGCCGCCGCCGGCGACAGCCACUUCGUAACCCGACGAUCCUAAAUAAAAUAAAUAAAAAAUAUACAUCAAAUCGAAGGCAGACAAAAAUGCGAAUUUCUUUUUGCGUUUUGCUUUUUGUUCAACUUAAUUAGGAAGAAUUUUGUUGCUCCUCCUCUCGCUUUAGUUAACUUUUGGUUAAUCUUUUUCCAAUUAAGCAUUAGUGUAGUGUACUCUGCAUGCUUAGGUAAUUAUUACGUGGAUGUACAGUUGAGGAACUUCAUGUAUCUGUAGUGCCCUACUGUAAAUUAAUAUAUGUAAUAUGAGCCGUGGCCAAACUUGCUUCCUCUGAACAAAGGCAUCGUUUCAAUUCUUUUUUA